GGUGUGGAGGAAGCAUUUUGUACAUCAUCCAAGGUGAUGACAGUCUCAGUUCACAAACAUUCACCGGGAUUCUUCCCAUGAUCUGGGGGGUUAGAUGACACAGGAGCGGGUAAAGGGAAGGGAUAUACUGUUAACAUUCCACUACUGGACAGUAUGAGAGAUGAAGAGUUUGUUCCAUUGGUCUGCAGAGUCCUACACAAGGUCCAUGAGGUGUUUGUAACCCAGGCCGUGGUGUGUCAGUGUGGGGCUGAUGGUCUCAGUGGUGACCCUAUGGACUCCUUUAAUCUCACUCACACGGCGUACGGCCGAUGUCUACAGUUCCUUCUACAGUGGAAGCUGCCUACACUUGUAUUAGGAGGAGGUGGUUACCACAAUGCUAACACAGCCAGAUGUUGGGCCCAUCUAACUGCUGUCAUUUGUGGACGGAAAAUUCCUCCAGAAAUCCCAGAUCACAAGUACUUUAUGGCGUAUGGUCCGGAUUAUGAGCUACCUAUCUUCUAUGGAAACAGAAAGAAUAUGAACACGAAAGGUUCUCUACAGAAAAUAUACAACACUGUUAUAGAAAAUCUAAAACAACUUAGAGGCUCCUGAUAUUGGUGGAGAAACAAUUCAUUUAUGUGAUUCAGGAAAACAAUGGCAUAGCAUAUUGUUAAAAUCAUUUCUGUUUGAUAGAAACUAGCUUUAAUGUGAUAUAUAAUGUGAUCAUAAGAAACAUUUAUGUCAGAUUUUUAUUGUAUAAUGUCAACAGUUUACAAAAGAAACAGAUCUGUGAACUGGGAAUAUGUUCAUCCAUGUUAACAAUGUUGUUUAUAUCGUACAUUAAAUGUAAUGUUAUAUUUUGCAUUGUCUUUUACCAGAUGAUUUCAGACAAUAAGUUCCA